AUGGAUGGUAAACUGGUAGCGGACAUGUUCCCCAACUGGUACCUCGCUAUGCAGCAAAAUAGAGUAGUAAUUGAUAAACCCACAUUUACCAGUUUUGAUCCAUGGUCAUCACGUGAAUAUCGUGCGCGCAAGGAUACAAUACCAGUGCGUGACCAGUCGAGUAGUGCAUCUACAGAGCGUAGCGCAUCGAGGUCUCCGGGAGCACGUGGACCAUCAAGGCGGCCAGAAUCGCGCUCACCCAAACGACGAGGUCCGAGGAACCAUGCGCCAGUACGUACUAGUGCCAGUGAUAGUAAUAGGAAUCCACCGUUUAAGCGUCCGUGGAACAAUCAGCCAAAUGUGAACUCAAGUCACUAUGGAACCGAAUUUUAUCUAGGCGUGAUUCCGAAUGUAGUGACACCUAACAUUACUAUAGAUAUUGCCUCGGAAGCUCAGGGAACUGUGCAGUUGCACGUUCCAUUUCUAAAUUUGAAUCGUUCUGAAAGACUAAAUAAAGGAUUGACAUCACUAACAAUCGACCAUUCUUUGGUAAAGAAGGGCACUUUCACACAACAACGAGGCAUUUGGAUAAAAACUUCAACUCUGGUCGCUGUUUAUGUCACAAGUUAUGUUAAUCAUUCGCCGGACACAUAUAUGGCAUUGCCUACAAUAUCUUUAGGAAAAACAUAUAUGACUGGAUCUUUUCAGCCAGUUGACAGCAGUGAGAAGUCUGAAAUAAUGAUAACUUCUACUUUUGCAAACACAACAAUUGACGUUUCUAGUAAUGGCCUAGUACAUCUCGCCGAAUUUGAUGUCACUCAAAUUGUGGAUAGCUCUGACCUUACAGGAACAAUAAUUUCAGCCACAAUGCCAGUUACUGUAAUAUCUGGCACCUCGUGUGCAAAUAUUCCUCCAAAUAUUGCUGACUGUGACUUUAUUGUUGAGCAGAUGUUUCCGGUCAAUGCUUGGACAAACAUAUAUAUUGUUCCUCCAAUUCCGCCAAGGACAGGUUAUUUUGCACGAAUCCAAGCUAUGGAUGAAGUUCAAGUUUUUAUCACCAAUAGCAGUCAACAACUUUACCGGCACAUGCUGCAAAAAACUUUUGAACAGUUUCAGUUUGGAUCAGAACCGACGGUUAUAUAUUCGAACGGAACGCUUAACUUCUCUGUGAUACAAUACGGGGUUGGACCAGGAUUUGAUCCUCAGGAGGGUGGACCAUUUAUGACAGUUAUUCUGGGUUUAAAAAACUACAUUUCUUCAUACAUAUUUGUGAUUUCUCCAUCUUAUUCCAAUUUCGAAAACUAUCUAACGGUUAUAAUCAAGGCCUCAAAUAAAACUGGAAUACUUUUAGAUGGACAACCACUACCUUACAUGUACAAUUACACAGUCAGUAAGCCACUGGAUGAGUACGUUGUUUUUGUGUCACAUAUAAGUACUGGGUUUCAUAACCUUACACACAUUGACAAAUUGGUCAACUUUGGCGCGCUUCUGUAUGGUUUCAAUUCAGGGAGUGGUUAUGGAUAUCCAGCCGGAAUGAAGUAUCCCGGUAGUGAUGUGGCACCAUCAAAAACAAGAAAUGUUAUCAAUGUAACGAGAUGACGAGCCUUGAAGUAUGCGAUGUUGUUCAUUCUUGUUCUACUAACGAGGUCUGUUAUGCAGAGAGGUUUACAACCAGGUCAGGUACAUUUUACAGAUCUGGGUGCAUGGACGAAAACGUAAGUUAAAGUUUUACUUUAUUAAGGAAAUGUUGUAAAAAGUGAUAUGUUAGUCAUAUACAUAUAUCCAUUCAUACACUGCCAUUGGAUUACGGUUUGAGAAAGAUGCGUUGUGGGAAUGUGACUGUUCUUAUUGGACAUUUAUCAUUGUUUUUUGGCGGAGUGGCUAAAAUAGCAUCUUAUAUUACAAGCCUUAUUGGUAGGCAAGUGUAUAUACGAUGUAGCUUUCGGCAUUUAUUGCACAAUGUUACAAAAACGGAAGUAACGUAACGAUGUAGAAUGCCGUCCACUAGGGCUCUGCCGUACGUCUGCUGUUUUAUUCUUUUGUGUAAACCCCACAUAGGCAAUAUGUCCUAGGUUUAUUUUUCUAGAGAUCUUUGUUGUUCUGUUCCAUAUAAACUACAUCUUGCAUAAUUUCUAAUGAAGUAUAACAUAACUUCAUAAAGUUCAGCGAUAUUUAUAUAAACUAAUUAAAUAAUAUUUUGAAGAAAUUGUAAAUAACACAUCUAUAACAAAAAUUUAAUCCGCUAAUCGGCACUGCAUAAAAUCACUGACUUCUGUCAUUUGUAGCAAUCGUGGUGGCUGGGUGUAUAGACGACAGCUCGGCAGAUUUCACGCAAAAUUUUGACAGCUCUCAUGGUGGGCUAUAUAUUAGUAUCGGCCGAUGGUCCUACUACGUCCGUCGUCCAUCGUCCUGUGUCAACAUUUUUACUUAAGCAUAAUCUCAUCUGAAAUUAAUACUAACUUGGUCUGUAGCAUUCUGGCAUUGACCACUCUCAAGUUUGUCCAAAUGAUUCCGGUUGAAGCAUUUGAGGGGCCACCAGAG